AAGGAGGCGGCUCUUGUCCCGGCGGAGGGUGGCGGUGAAUCCUCCCGGCCGCUCACAGCAGUGUAGAGCCGCUUUCCCUCCUCUACCCCCCUCUUCCCUUCCCCCCUCCCCUUCCCCGUCCUCCUCCUCCACCCCACAUACACACCCCCCCCCCACCCUCCCUCCCCCCCCUCCGGCCCGCGGAUUUAAAGGGGCAGCGGCGCCAACCCGGGGGACCAUGCCGAACUUCUGUGCGGCUCCCAACUGCACCCGCAAGAGCACGCAGUCCGACCUGGCCUUCUUCCGCUUUCCCCGGGACCCGGUCAGGUGUCAAAGAUGGGUAGAGAACUGUCGAAGGGCAGAUUUAGAAGAUAAAACUCCAGAUCAACUCAACAAACAUUACAGACUGUGCGCUAAACAUUUCGAGACUUCUAUGAUCUGUAGAAGUAGCCCUUACAGAACGGUUUUACGGGAUAACGCUGUGCCAACAAUAUUUGACCUCACAAGUCACUUGAACAAUCCCCACAGCAGACAUAGGAAAAGGAUAAAAGAGCUGAGUGAAGAUGAAAUAAGAACACUGAAGCAACAAAAGAUUGAAGCUUUCGAACGGGAACAAGCAACUCAAGAACCAAACGAAAGCAAUGAGCAGAAUACCGUCUCGGAGGAAGGAGGACAAGAGCAAGAGGAAGAAACUCUUCCUUUAACACUGGAAGAAAGAGAAAACAAAGAUUACCUUAAAUCUUUGUUUGAAAUUUUGAUCUUGAUGGGUAAACAAAAUAUUCCUUUGGAUGGCCAUAACGUCGAUGAGCUUCCAGAAGGUAUUUUUACUUCAGAUAACUUUCAGGCUCUACUGGAAUAUAGAAUAAAUGCUGGAGAUGAAGUCCUGAGGAAACGGUUUGAGAUGACCGCAGUCAACCUUGAGUAUUGUUCAAAAACUCAGCAGAAACAAAUGCUUGAGAUCUGUGAAAACUCUGUGAGGGAAGAGACGCUGAGGGAAGUCAGAGACUCACACUUCUUUUCUCUUGUCACCGAUGAAGUAGUAGACAUAGCGGGAGAGGAACACUUGCCCGUGUUGGUGAGGUUUGUUGAUGACUCUCAUAACCUAAGAGAAGAAUUCAUAGGGUUUUUACCAUAUGAGGCCGAUCCUGAAAUUUUAGCUGUUAAGUUCCACACGACUAUUACUGAAAAAUGGGGUCUAAACAUGGAAUACUGUCGAGGUCAAGCCUACAUUGUCUCCAAUGGGUUUGCUUCUAAAAUGAAAGUCGUGGCUACAAGAGUCUUGGAAAAGUAUCCACAAGCUGUGUAUACGCUGUGUUCCUCGUGUGCCUUAAACGUUUGGCUGGCGAAAUCCGUUCCCGUUGUUGGCGUUUCCAUUGCACUAGGAACAAUGGAAGAAGUUUACUGUCUUUUUAACCAAUCUCCUCAAUUACAGGUAGAACUGGACAACACAAUUUCUGUUCUCUUUCAGAACGACGAGUCAAAGGGUAACGAGCUGAAGGAGAUCUGCCGUUCUCAGUGGACGGGCAGGCAUGAUACUUUCGAGGUUUUAGUGGAUCUCAUGCAAGCAUUGGUACUGUGCUUGGAUGCUGUAAACAGUGACUCAUCUGUCAGGUGGAACAACUUUAUCUCUGGCCGAGCGUUUGUACUUUCAAGUGCGUUGACAGAUUUUGACUUCAUUGUCACUAUUGUAAUUAUGAAAAACAUUCUGGCUUUCACAAGAGCUUUUGGGAGAAACCUCCAAGGACAAACAUCGGAUGUGUUCUUUGCAGCCAGCAGCAUAACAGCAGUGUUAUAUUCUCUGAAUGAGGUGAUGGAGAACAUUGAGGUUUACCAUGAGUUUUGGUUUGAGGAAGCAACAAAUUUAGCUGCAAAACUGGAUGUACAAAUUAAACUCCCAGGGAAAAUUCGCAGGGCACAACAGGGGAACUUGGACUCUGAGGUAACGUCAGAAAAUUACUACAAAGAAAUCCUUAGUGUCCCCACAGUGGAGCAUAUUAUUCAGGAAUUAAAAGAUAUAUUCUCAGAACAACAUUUAAAAGCCCUCAAGUGUUUAUCUUUAGUGCCCUCAGUCAUGGGGCAGCUCAAAUUCAACACGUCUGAGGAGCAUCACGCUGACAUGUUCAAAAAUGACUUGCCCAAUCCAGACACUCUUUCCGCUGAGCUUCACUGUUGGAGAAUCAAGUGGAAGCACAGAGGAAAAGAUAUUGAACUUCCAGCUACUAUUUAUGAAGCACUUCACUUGCCUGACAUAAGGUUUUUCCCUAAUGUCUAUGCACUGCUUAAAGUCUUGUGUAUACUUCCAAUGAUGAAGGUGGAGAAUGAAAAGUAUGAAGUAGGGCGAAAGCGCUUAAAGGCGUACCUGAAAAACACCUUGACAGAGCAAAGGUCAAGCAACCUAGCUUUGCUGAACAUAAACAUUGAUAUUAAACAUGACUUAGAUUUAAUGGUGGACACCUACGUUAAACUCUAUCCAGAGAAGGUGGAAUUUCAAGACUUUAUUCCCUCAAACAACUCUGAAGUAACAGAAAAUGCUUGAUUUCUUUUUUUAAGCUCAAACCAAUCAAAACAGCUUUUUUCUUGAUCAAGUUUCAACACUGAGGGGGGAGGAGGAAAAACCUGAAAUCUGAUAAAAAUCAUGGCAAUUCUAUUUCCAUUAUAGGUCUCAGAUUGAAGGAUCUGUGGCCAGUGACCCAAAUCAUGUUUUGUUGGUCUGCAUUAAAUGUAUUCUGCGAACAAAACCAAGCCUGAAAAGAAUUGCCCAUGCUCCUGGCAGAGGUGCUGCUACAUCUGAAUGAGUUAACUUGGGUGCUUGUUUACUUUUCUUGCAUCUUGACAAAAGUCUGUUGUGAUUGUAGAUCUGAUGGGGCUGUUACAUGGUCUUGAAUUAGGAUAAGGCAAAAAACCCAAACCUCAAAAUGCUAUGAAGAGUAUAAAUCUGUUUCAGUUCUGUUACUUAGGAUUUUAUUCCUUUAUUUUUUGAAAACUUUGUUUAAAAAGUCUUUGUUGUCUAUUUAAUUGGCAUUUUGGAGAGUGGAUUCAGCUAUUGCACGACCACACCCGUGCUGUGGACUGUUCUCAGUGUAAAGUGAAUGUUAGUGAUCCAGAGGUACGUUCACGGUUUCAUUGGAAGAGUCAACCUCUUUAAUCUCUCAGUGACUGUUUACAUUCCUUUGUGUGAGACACAACUUCUUUUAUUUUCCCUUCAGGCUUUUUAACAGGCAUGGCAGGAGUACUGAAAUUCUUAAAAGACACUAAAACCUUCAAAUCUCUUCCACAAACAUCUAAAUCUGUCCGUUCUAUCCAGACUCUGACACGAACCCAUGCAUCUUAUUGUCUGUUUUAUUUGUCAGCUCACCCAGGAAAGAUGAAAAUAAGAAUUUGUUCUUUGUUUAGAAGUAAGAUUGAAGAUAUUGCUGUUAUUUUUGGCAAGAAUGACACAUUUUUGUACAGUUUAUUGCAAUUUAAAAUAAAAUGUGAAUUGCUUUUUACAUAGUAGUGAGUUUCUUAGUAAAGCUGGGCCUGUUUGAGAACAGGUACCUUUUGAAAGGUUCCUUUUGGUUUAGUUUUCUCUCCUGUUGUUUUUGCAUUUCUAGUGAGUGGUAUUGUCACAAGACAGGAAACUGUCUAAGAGCACCUUUGAUCUCUAUGUUCUACUGAAGGUUUUUUAAUCGUGGAGGUUUUAUCCAACUGAAACAGGUGGAAACAGAUGAAAUUUGAAAUGACAGAAUUUGGAAUGACUGGAAAACCCCUCAGCAAGAGAAAAUGGAAUGAUUGUGGAGACUAUGACAUACACAGUUCUCCAUUGUUUAAUGCAAUCAAACAAUACAUUUGAAAAAGACCUCACCCUUUACUAAGUAACAUUAGUUAUUAAAGUGUUAAGAAAUGCUUUCAGGAACUUUGAUUUACAUUAGAGUAGUAAAAAUAACUCUUAAACAAAGUAGUAUCUUCCCACUGCUGUUUGUGUAUACUGCAGACUUUCAUGUUAAUGCAGUAAUUACCCUGACCAGUAACAAGUGUUGUAGCUAAGGGCUUGCUCUGUUCCUCUGACUGUAUGGAAAUAACAUAGGUUUAGGCUAAUACUAUUAAAAAAACCCAAAAGGGGCAUUUUUUAAUUAGAAGUCAUAGGGAAAAUUGUCCUUUUUUUAAAACAUCUUAAUCAAAAGUUUAAUAAAAUACAUAAGGAUCUUUCCCCUCCUGGGAUUGUCUGAGUUCCCCUGCAAUGCAAGGUGGCUGUGACCUCUGGGAGUGUGGGUCCUGUACCAAUAAAGUGGGGCUGGCUGGAUGAGCCCAGGCUUACAGGCAUCAUCAGAGCAGGAAAAUUGGUACCCAGUGCCAUGUAAUUGGCCAAAAGAGCUGAAGGCUACUUUCUGCCUGUGUAAAUGAGAUAUUUUUUUGAACUGUGUACUGAGGCAUAUUGAAGGGAGGAAAUGCAGCAUACCCCUCCUUUAGCUACUGAAAGGUCCUCUGAAGUUCAGCUGAGACACACUGUGGUGACUAGCCUUGCUAAUUAGUUGGCUCCAGGAGCCUUGAUCACUUGGUGUGCCUCUGCCUUUCAGAGAGAUGCUUAGAUUGCCUGUAAUCAAUCAGCAGCUCCUUUUUUAGCCCUUUUAAUUGUUGGUGAGGAAUGCCUUGGGAACCUGUAGCAGAUAGUCUGAAUGGUGAUGGAUUGGCAGGAUGCAGAGGAGCAAAGGAAUGGCAAAUUGCAAUGGUAGAUGCCUCUGUAACUUAGGAGAUUUGUGUGGAGGAAACCAUUUACUGGAAGUAUAGUGGCUCCCAUCUUACUUUUGGGAGCACAGAAAGGAUGAGACUAAAGUGGAAUGCAGUAACAUAAUUUUAAAGAGAACACUGCUGCUCCUAGAGCAAGUCAGGGACUGACAGAGAAGUGUCUAAAAAUGGGACAACAUUGAAUAAUUUAGAUUCCUUUAUUUUCAACAGUUUCUUGAAGCAGAGGGAAUUGCCAUCUUAAAUAUCCUGCCAGCUCAGGGCAGUGUGUAUUUCCAAGGAGUAUCAGGUAUUUGGACACAUCCUAUGUAAUGAAGGAAUAUGUCAAUUUGAGUAUCACUUCUGGGAUGUAAAUAACCCAAGUGAAAGUGGAUUUUCCUUAGCUGCUCAGCUGAUUGUGUUUUUUAGUGCUUGUCUCAAUACACAAACUGUGUUUUCUUUUCCCCAUGCACAGACUUCUUAGAAAUCACUGUUGCUGCCUAGAAAAGUAGCAUGUAGCAUUCUAUCUCCUGCAGAGUUAUUUCUGUCACUGGCUACAGAAAUCCUGUAACUGCUUGUUUGGCUGCCAGAGUUCUGCUGUAAAGAAGCAGAGGACCAGAACCACUUAAUGAUUCUGGGUGCAGUUAUCCUCUUUUUCCUCCCCCCCCCUCCAUGCUUUUGUUUCUGUGCAACACUGCAAACCUCAAGAGUUGCCAGAAACAUCUCCAUUACUCUUAAGAAAGUGAAAAUAAAUCUCUUUACUGGAUCUGUUUCAAGAAACAGUUGCUAACCUAGAAAAACAAUAGGUGUUAUCCCAAAGUAGGCUUAACAUUCAAGAAUCUUUAGACCUCUUAAUGCUCCCUGCUUUCCCUAAGGAUUAUAAAGAAUGGCAGACUUCCCAAAGUUUUGCCUAGGUAUAAGUAGUGAGGCAUCAGCAACAAAUAAUGGAGUUGGAAGUUUUAGAUCUACAGCUUUCAAAACAUGUGCAUGUUCUUUGUAAGCAAUUCUUUACUAUGCAAAAUAACACUGGUGAUUGAAUAGAACUCGAAGUGUGUGUUCCAUCAUGCAAUAAUUGUUCAUUU